UUCUUCCAACAUUGGUUACGUUUGUUUAUUUGCUUUAGUACUUGUUUAACAAGUACUUAACAGAGUAUUUCUACUGUGCAGUAUUAGUACUUCCGUUUCCUCUUCGUCUUCCAGUCCAUCAGGGGUCGCUGCUGGCUCGGAGCUCAGAGUCCCUGUUUUCCUUCCGCUGGCUCUCUCCGUUCGCUCCAUAGAGUCUAUGGUUCGCUCCAUGCAGUCUAUGGUUCGCUCAGAGACUCAAAGUGCUCAGAAAGGAGGAACAUGUCCGCCGUUCAGUUGCUGAGGGUUUCGGUACAUGAGCGGAUCAGCGCUGCCGCUGAAGACUUCCUGCUGCAGGUGGAGAAAGGAGGAGGAAAGUCUCAAGUCCCGGCGCUGAGAGCGAUGCUAACCGAGCGGCUAACGGCGGCGGCUGAGGAGAUCCUCGCGGGGCUUGAGGAAACCGUGGCAGAGUACGAAGACAGAGUGCAGCAGUCCGAGCGGGAGAUCUGCCGCCAGAGGAGGCUGCUCGAGGCCGUGAUGCAGCCCGUAGUCCGGCUGCACAGAGCAGAGUGUCCUGCUGACGUCCAGCAAAUUAUGGUGAAUAAAGAAAAGGUUCCCCCUGAGCAGCAGCAGUGGAGCCCCCUUGUGGACCAGGCGGACCAAGAGCGCCUUCACAUUAAAGAGGAACAGGAGGAAUCGUGGACCAAUCAGGAUGGACAGCAGCUUCAAGGAAUGGAGGAGGCUGAUAUCAAGUUCACAUUGACUCCUGUCGCUGUGAAGAGUGAAGAAGAUGAAGAGAAACUUAAAUCGUCAAAGCUUCAUUUGAGUGAGACGAAGGAGAACAGAACGGACUGUGGAGAACCAGAACCUGCCAGGAACCCAGGUCCUGAUGGACGUUUACAACCAGGUCCUGAGGACAAAACUGAAGACAGUAAGGAUGAUUGGAUGGAGACCAGGGAACCUCAGACUGGUUUAAAUACAAGAAAUAACAAACUGCUUCUAAGUAUUAUGGGACGUAAGACAGAAAGAAAAUCACUUAGUUGCUCAGAGUGUGGUUACAUAUUUAGCCAUAGGAUCCAUCUUAAUACACAUAUGAAGCUUCAUACAAGAGAGAAACUGUUCAGUUGCUCUGAGUGUUGUAAAACAUUUUUCGAAAGGGGGCAUCUAAAUAAACAUAUGAGAAGUCAUACAGAAGAGAGACCGUUUAGUUGCUCUGAGUGUGGUAAAAUAUUUAACCAAAGGUGCAAUCUAAAUACACAUAUGAGGCUUCAUACAGGAGAGAGACCGUUUAGUUGCUCUGAGUGUGGUAAAACAUUUAAUCAAAGGAGCGAUCUAAAUACACAUAUGAGGCUUCAUACAGGAGAGAGACCGUUUAGUUGUUCUGAGUGUGGUAAAAGAUUUAACGUAAUGGGCACUCUAAACACACAUAUGAGGAUUCAUACAGGAGAGAAACCAUUUAGCUGCCUUGAGUGUGGUAAAAGAUUUAACCAAAAGGGAACUCUAAACACACAUAUGAGGAGUCAUACAGGAGAGAAACCAUUUAGUUGCUCUGAGUGUGGUCAAAGAUUUAAACAAAGGAGCGAUCUAAAUACACACAUGAGGCUGCAUACAGGAGAGAGACCGUUUAGUUGCUCUGAGUGUGGUAAAAGAUUUACUCAAAAGGGCGCUCUAAAUACACAUAUGAGGAGUCAUACAGGAGAGAAACCAUUUAGUUGCUCUGAGUGUGGUCAAAGAUUUAACCGAAAGAGCGAUCUAAAUUCACAUAUGAGGCUGCAUACAGGAGAGAGACCGUUUAGUUGCUCUGAGUGUGGUAAAAGGUAUAACCAAAAGGGCAACCUAAAUAAACAUAUGAAAGGUCAUACAGGAGAGAAAUCGUUGAGUUGAAUUAAGUGUGGUAAAAGAUUUAUCCAAAGGGGCAAUUUAGAUAGACAUCUGAAGGGUCAUACAGGAGAGAACCCGCUCUGUUGAUUUGAGUGCGUUAAAAGAUGUAAGAUUCAUUCCUAUUUCACGAAACGUGAAGGUUCAUAAAGGAGAGAAAUGAAUAAUUUGCAAUGAAAAUAUUUGUUAGGAUUUAUUAGUAGAUAUUCAUGUUAUAUACAUAUUCAUAGAUCAUUGUUGUUAAUAGACUAUUAACAGCAUUAUGUCCCUAGAAAAUUGUACUCAUUGAAUAAAACUAAAGAUUUGUUUAUA